GUGGCACAAUUAUAGCUCACUGCAACCUCCAACUCCUAGGCUCAAGCAAUCCAACUGCCUCAGCCUCCUGAGUAAGAAAUUCCACUUUAAGGUUGUUUGCCAAUUUCAUUGUCUCUGCAAACUAAUUUAUCCUUUGAAUCCAAUGAUGAGAACUGCAAUCCCAAGGUUUCUCUUUUUGCUUUGGCUGCCAGGAAUUUCACAGCUAAAUGUAGGCUUAGAUUCUUAAAGUGCCUGGCACAUCUCUCUCUUCCUGUAAUCUAGUUUCUGAUCUUUCUCUUCCAUUUUUAACUUUCUAAUCUGCGCUGUCCAGUAUGGUAGCCACUAGUCAUGUACAUUUGACAGGUAGGCUGGUCCAAAUUGGGAUGUGCUGUAAGUGUAAAAUAUCUCAGAAGGUUUUAAUAUUGAUUACAUAUUGAAUGAUUUUUUGAUAUACUGGGUAAAAUAAAGUUAAUAAAAUUAACUUUACCACUUCAUUUUACUUAUUUUGGCUACUAGAAAAUUUUAAAUUAUAUAUGUGGCUUGCAUUUGUGACAUUAUAUUUCUAGUGGACAGCACUAUUCUGCAAAUCAUCUGUUUCAUGACUGUGUUAUUAUUGUAAACCUGAAAUCCUUUUGGAAAGCAGGUGAAGUAAUACAAACAAUAAUACAAAGGUGGCAGCAGUGGAUGGAAUGAGAAAGGGGUGGUCGACUGGGACAAGUUCUUGUCCUAUAUCCUUAUCAAUUUGUCUUUUGCUUGUGUGAUUCACACACAAACCCCUUGUUAAAGUGUGUUGUCAGCUCUCUUUAUCCCAGGUGAGUAGUAUUCUCAUGGUUCUCCCUUGUCUCCAAAAAAACCUCAGCUUUACUUUAGCUAACAAAUUGGAAACCAUCUGAUAAGACAAUUCACACCACAUUGCAAGUGACUGAUAACAACAUUGUGUUCAUCCCUCUCAGGGAGUAUUUCCAUUUUAACCGGAAACAAUCCCUGAACCCACAGGAAUGAAUCCCUAAUGGUGGAGUUUCAGGCAUCAGUGACAGGUGAGAGGUAGACUCUGGUUUUUUGUGUGUGUAUGUUUAUAUGUGUAUGGCUACAUUCAGGAUAGGGCUGAAAGUAGGGUCUUUGGAUGGAAAGGUAAUGGAGCUGACACAGAAGCCAAGUGGAGAAGGUGGCAAAUCCCCAGCUGGGCCAGACUGAGAGGGGCAGUCAGACACCAAUCAGAUGUGGUGCAGGCCCUCAGGGAUUUGUUAAGCAAUAGAAUAGCCCAGUUGAUGUCACCAGAGGGUGGAUAUCAAGACAGUCUCCAUGGUAGCUACUGUAGAGUAACAGAAAGGGUCUCAGAGUCAGGAGAUUAUGACUGCAGUCUACAACUGACUCAUUGGCUUAACUCUGGGCAAGUCCUUUUACCCCUUGGGUUUCAGUUUCUUCAUCUGGCAUUUUCCAGACAAAGAAAUGGGUGUUACAACUCUCAAAUGAGUUCUAAGAGAUGUGAAGGUGCUCUGAGAAGUAGAAAAUGCUCUAUACAUGCAAGGAAUCGUGAUUCGUAUCUUAAAAUGGAAAUACAGCCAGGCAGACCUAGAGUAGUAGAGGAUAGAAAGCAGGGAUGGAAGACUAUGGGGAAACCUGAAGGCCGGUGUACUUGCAACACCUUUCUCUGUCCUCCCAGGCUGAACCCGGACUCCCAGGGCACCUGCUUUCACCUGAUGAAUGAUGGCCUGAACUAUGAACAAACGGGACUAUAUGAACACUUCGGUACAGGAGCCCCCUCUUGACUACUCCUUCAGAAGCAUCCACGUCAUUCAAGACCUGGUAAAUGAGGAGCCAAGGACAGGACUACGACCACUGAAGCGUUCAAAGUCAGGGAAAUCACUGACCCAGUCCCUGUGGCUGAAUAACAAUGUUCUCAAUGACCUGCGAGACUUCAACCAGGUGGCUUCACAGCUGUUGGAGCACCCAGAGAACCUGGCCUGGAUCGACUUGUCGUUUAAUGACCUGACUUCCAUUGACCCUGUCCUAACAACUUUUUUCAACCUGAGUGUCCUCUAUCUUCACGGCAACAGCAUCCAGCACCUGGGGGAGGUGAAUAAGCUGGCUGUCCUUCCUCGGCUCCGGAGCCUGACACUCCAUGGGAACCCCAUGGAGGAAGAGAAAGGGUAUAGCAGGCCCUGGACUCCCUCAACCUGUCCUGUGCUCUGGUCUUGCCUAAGCAGGAGCCUCCAGCCCAGGACCCAGGUAGGGACCAUGUCCCCUGCCAUUGCAUUGGCCUUCCUGCCACUGGUGGUAACAUUGCUGGUGCGGUACCGGCACUACUUCCGAUUGCUGGUGGGCACAGUCUUGCUGCGAAGCCUCCGAGACUGCCUGUCAGGGCUGCGGAUCGAGGAGCGGGCCUUCAGCUACGUGCUCACCCAUGCCCUGCCCGGUGACCCCGGUCACAUCCUCACCACCCUGGACCACUGGAGCAGCCACUGCGAGUACUUGAGCCAUAUGGGGCCUGUCAAAGGUCAGAUCCUGAUGCGGCUGGUGGAGGAGAAGGCCCCUGCCUGUGUGCUGGAAUUGGGAACGUACUGUGGAUACUCUACCCUGCUUAUUGCCCAAGCCCUGCCCCCUGGGGGUCGCCUUCUUACUGUGGAGCGGGACCCACGCACAGCAGCAGUGGCUGAAAAACUCAUCCGCCUGGCCGGCUUUGAUGAGCACAUGGUGGAGCUCAUCGUGGGCAGCUCAGAGGAGGUGAUCCCGUGCCUACGCACCCAGUAUCAGCUGAGUCGGGCAGACCUGGUGCUCCUGAUACACCGGCCACGAUGUUACCUGAGGGACCUGCAGCUGCUGGAGGCCCAUGCCCUACUGCCAGCAGGUGGCACUGUGCUGGCUGACCAUGUGCUCUUCCCUGGUGCACCCCGCUUCUUGCAGUAUGCUAAGAGCUGUGGCCGCUACCGUUGCCGCCUCUACCACACUGGCCUUCCAGACUUCCCUGCUAUCAAGGAUGGCAUAGCUCAGCUCACCUAUGCUGGACCAGGCUGAGGUCCAGGUCCAGGGGUACUUACUGAUGCCCACACCCACCCCCACCCCCACCCAAGCAGGGACCUCAGAAUCUGCUCCCUUUCCUGUUUGGGGCCUUGACACAUGCUGGGCUCAGGGCUAGGGAGUCUCUCUUCCCACCUCUGACCCCUUUCAGCCUCUACACUGACCUCAAGUGUCAAGUUCUAUCAGGCUGCUUGGUCUCACUAGGCCCCCUCUUUCCAGGGAGAACCAUGGACUGACAGCAUUCUUGCUGAGCUCCUGACCCAUCUCUGUCACUGAUUUGCUGAGUGACUCCAAGGGAAUCCCUGCCUUGCUCUGAGAUUUAAUCUUCUCUCUUAACAUGAAGGAAGCUGGAUGGGAGAGCUCCAGGGACCUCCCAGUUCUCGGCCUCAGAAAGCCUCCCAUCCUCAGCCCAUGCCAUUCAGGGUGGGAUCAGAGGAAGUGGCAGACAGUGAGUUAGAGGCCCUGCAGGAAUAGCUGGAUGCAAGCUGGGCCAGAGAAAAUGGCACAGAACCCUGGACCCAGGGCCAGGCAUGCCCUGGCCUUCCCUAACCCUGGCCCACUUAGCCAAUUAGGUGUGGCUGAUGUCCCUUGAGUGCCCUCUCCCCAAAGCCCAAAAGAAGAUGCUGGACUCCUCUGGGCCCCACCAACAAAGAGGGAAUAGACAUGGGGGGAAAAUCACUCCUUUGUCUUUAUUAAAGAAACUUAGAAAGAGACCAGACCUGCCAAUCAAGGGGUGAGGUACUGGCCAGGAAGGUGGAGUGGGGCUCAGGCCCUGGGGAUUUCAAGUGCAGAUCGAUGGCCUGGGAGGGGCCAAGGAGACCAGAUCCUGGCAGCAGCUGAGGAGGUGCCCAAGGGCACUUUCAGGCACUGGGGCCAUCAGCUGGUUCUGUGGGCAGGGGUUGGGGGUUGGGAUGCAGGGUAGUUUGGGCUGGCCUGGAAUCUCUCUGAGGCCACCCUGCCUUGUCUACCUAGAUCAUCCACUGG